GGUGGCGGGCGCCGCCAUGAGCCGCCUGCGGGAGGAGGACGAUCCGUACGUGGUGGAGGAGCCGAGCGACGAGGAGCGCGCCCUGAGCAGCUCCGAGGACGAGGUGGACGUGCUCCUGCACGGCACYCCCGACCAGAAGCGGAAGCUGCUCCGCGAGUGCCUCACUGGGGAGAGCGAGUCUUCCAGCGAGGAUGAGUUCCAGAAGGAGAUGGAGGCGGAGCUCAGCACCRCCGUGAGCACCAUGGAAGGCCAGUGGAAGGCCGUGGAAACGGGUACUUCCUCAAGUACUGGACAGUCUGACCUUGCCACUACUUCAAAAUACUACGAUGAYGUUUACUUUGAUUCUGAUUCAGAGGAUGAAGAUAGAACAGUGACACAGGAUGCCCGGAAAAGAAGAAAACAUCAGCAGCGCCGAAUUCUUUCCAAUGAUGAGCUGCUGUAUGACCCAGAGGAAGACAGUCGAGACCAAGAGUGGGUAGAUUCACAAAGGAGAGGGUACCGGAAUCAGACACGAGUGCAGCAACAGCGGCAAAAGCCUCGAGCGGUUCCAAAUAGUGAUGCGGUCCUGAAUUGCCCUGCUUGCAUGACAACGUUGUGCCUGGACUGUCAGAGGCACGAAUCCUACAAAACACAGUAUAGAGCCAUGUUUGUGAUGAACUGCUCCGUUAACAAAGAGGAAAUUCUGAAAUACAGAAAGAAACUAAAUAAAAGAAACAAGAAAAUGAAGCACAACAAAGAAGCUGCCUCCAUGCAGACAAAUCAAGAGGAGGAGGAAAUAUACCAUCCAGUAAUGUGCACUGAGUGUGCAACUGAAGURGCAGUGAUGGAUAAGGAUGAAGUUUUUCACUUCUUCAACGUUUUAGCCAGUCACAGUUAAUGGGCAAAACAAAACAGGACAAUUUAAGACUUUGAAGUGUCAGAAAUGCACACCUGUGACCCUUUGUAUCUGCUGCCUUUUAAAUACAUCUUUCCAUCAGAGAACUUUGUAAUUGUGAAAUUUUGCAACAUUCUAUGAUAGGAAUCCAGUUAACUGCUUCGACUGGGGAGAAUUCCCUCAAACCACUGGUGGCUGUGUCAUUGAAAAUUAGAAUUUUGUAAAUAGAACAUGGUGUCUGUGUAUUAUGAUMGUUGCUGUGUAAAUACUCUACAUUAUCUCCAUAUGUAUUGGAACAGCUGCUUAGAAUAAAUCCUGUAUAGA